CUUUCGAGAUUCCAAGAAAAUACUGUGCAGUUUUUCCAAGUAGCAAGGGUAAGUGGUGUAUUUAAACAGGGCGACAACAUACUUGUAUCUACGACUCACGACUAAGGCGAAAAGUGAGGACGAAUUGGUGAUGCGCAAGGCCACCAGUCACAUCGCACGGAGCAUUUUCCCGAGAUUCGUUCCGUCAUCGUUUUUCGAAAUGUUCUCUUGUAGUUACACAGUAGGGGUGGCAUUAUUAUGGAUGAUGAUGCUUGGCUUAUUGUUCAAACAAUUCUCUGCUCAUACACGAAUGUAUUCUCCUCUGUCUACCAAUCGCAGGCACAUAUGUACAUGUACCCUGAUGCUACCACCCUCUGCAUCCUCCCGGUUCUCUUUUCCAACCUUCCUCUGCAAUGCUCUAAAUGAAGUUUCAUGUAUAUGUGGGGACAGAAAGGCGGUUAAGCGCUUUCACCAAAACAACAAUGCGGGUUUUCUAGGAUAUCGUGCUCUACUCAUCAAACGCUGCAACGGACAAAAAUUAAAUCUCCUCUCCUCUCUCCCUGUCUCUUUCAAACCAAAAUGUAUAUGUCGCUGUUGAAGGCUAACGAAUGGAUGAAUGAAUGUACAUGUCAAGAAAAGGAAGGAGAUGAAGAGGAAGAUUAUCAAAACAAACAAGCAAAUAGAGAUGGGCUAGGCGGAAGUAUCUGGCUGAACCUCAACGCCUCC